AUGGGACUAGGCCUGGUUGACAGUGCCCAGCAGAGGAAGGUUUCUUUUCCAAGGUGUAACCCUUACACGAGGACAAUAGGGAGGAAGCGGGUCUCCAUUCCGCGUGCUGGAGAUGAAUUGCCGUUCAGCACCCCGCUAAGUACUCCAUCCCGAAAGCAGCAUAAGAGGAUGCCCCCCCGUUCUACUAGUCCAUCAAACCGCCUUGAAUUACUACCGCAGGAGAUUCUGGUAAGUUCUUAGCGCACAAUAUUAAAAAUAGUCCUAGAAUGAAGUUAGAUUGAAAAUCAUGCGGUUGAUUGCAUCUUACUCUUUGUAUUUCAAUCAAUUUUGAGUUGGGUGGAUGUGUCCUCGACCCAUGCCACUAAAAGUAGUUCUGAGCUGAAAAUAUCGCAAAUCAUGUGAUUAAAUGCAUCUUUAUUUUCUUGGCCCAUUCGAUCAAAAGCAGUCCUGCACCUAAAUGCGCCUUAGACAGUGUGCACUUUUUAUUCUAAGACAAUUUUGAGCAGGGUGGGCAAAAAUUCUGUGCAUUAUAUAUGUAUAUAUAUAUGUAUAUUAUAAAAUAUGGAAUCUUAUUAACUGUGAUGUUAUUGCUCUUUAUUCACAAAUGAUUUUAAAUUAGGCGGCUGCUCAAAUUUAUCACGGCAUAUAAUCACCAAAAUUAUAUGCGCGGUAGAAUCAUCCAGAAGCAUAUUAUAAGAGUUCCACAUCAGGAGCAACAAUAUUUAAUGAUUGAUCUACCUCUUUCUCUCGCUCCGCAGAUCCACGUGCUGUGCAUGGUGAACCGCAGCAACCUCAAGGAGCUCAUCUUCGUGUCAAAGACCGUCCACGACGCCGUAAGAUUGACCUCACCUCCGCGCUCCAGUUGUCUGUAGAUUCCUCCAUCUCAAAGUAAUUCUUUGAUUUUCUCUUCUCCUCUCCAGGUUCUAAUCGCCAAAGAGUCCCACUUCGACGUCAGCACCCCCAUUUCCAAGCCGGCCUCCGGUGGGCCUGCCCACUCAGACGAAGCUCCAAAUGCACCAAGGAGGGCCUCCAGGUCUCGGCAGACCCGCAAAGACCUCGGGAGCAUCACCGUCGCCUUAUUCACUUCUCCAGAGGAGAAAUCUGCCUGA